AUGUUAGAUGAAAAGAUAGCUAAACUUAAGAUUGCAAUAAAUAAUAAGACUAAUAUUGAAAAUAAAAAUGAAGCUGAUUCUGUUUUAAGAGCCAACAAUGUGAAGCAAAAUAGGAAUCAAUAUGUCCAUUUUGAGACCUCUGAUAGCAUACAUAGUUCAACUAAAAGGAAACUACUCGAAUUGAAAAAAGAAAAUAACAUUUCCGAUAUAACAGUGGCAACAUAUGACUCAGAAACAAUUUGUGGUACCACUUUGGGCCAAAUUAUUAAAGUAAAUGAUGAAGUUGAAGUUAAUCAAGCCCACAGAUCAUUUAUAACUGGAGUUGAAUAUUUGGUAGUCACUUCAUCAAUUGACUGUAAAAUGAACUUCUGGGACAUUAAAGAACCCGGUUUUCCACAAUAUACUGGGAUCAAUAACAAACAGAGGGAAAGUUUGUGUCUGGAAUUUUUCAAAGAAAUGGAAGGUUUAGGAAUAGUCGACUAA